CAUUUUGAUCAAGGAACAGCUUAUCUAACCCACACGUAGUACCCUACUUAUAGGAGAGCGUUCUUUGAAGUUUAAACUGGUGCUACAAAUGGCUGGUGAGAAGGAAUGUAUGGAAUCUCAUCCUAGGCAACGAGACCAGCAGCAGAUUUCAGUUCCAUUUCUCUGGGAGGAGAGACCCGGUACACCAAAGAAAGAGUGGAUCUCCAGGCCAGUCACCGUGAUCUCUGUCCCCUCUCCGGCAAGGCUUGUCGUGUCGGUCCCUUUCGAGUGGGAAGAGAAGCCUGGAACACCACUCCAGUUAUCUCAGCCAUCGCCAGAUUCAUCACCUCUCCGUGCUCUUCCUGGGCUGGCUGGAACUCCUAGUUCAGCUCAUCUGCUGAACCCUUCAAUUGAUGAAGAGGAAGGAGUUCUUGCUACCUCAGCUUUCAAAGUGCUUGCUUCUGAAAUGAAUGACGAUGAAUCUGGGUUGGCACCUUCUACUUUUCCAAGUCACCAUGUGAAAACAUGUGAAUCUUUCGCAGAUGUGAAUGAUUCUCAGGGAGGUUCGACCGAGAACAGUUCAGACCGGCAGGAAAACUGGUACUCGGUAUCGGAGACGGAUUGCAACAGCAGUUCGAAUAGCUCGGCGACACAUACUGCCAGCUUUGAUGCCUCAGCUGCGGAGUUCCUUUUUCCUCUGUCGUUUCCUGACGCUGGUUUUCUUAACAUGGUACGUGGGAGGGAAAGAGCUCUGAUUCCAGCUGCUGCUUGCCCAGAACUACAGCCAACAGCUUACAGUCACAAUCGCAGCGUCAGGCCCAGGAGAACAUUAACCCUGGGGGAACUCAUACUGUUGAGCCGCAAAUUAAGCUAUAAAAUGAAGCCAGUUGAUGUUGAGAAGAGAAGCAACUUGAAGGUAUUCAUAAAGAAGAGUCUGCUCACAUGUUUUCCAUUCAGUACCGGCAUCAACAAAAACAAUGUAUUUAUCAGCAACUGCUAAGGCAGGAAAUGAUGGACACAGGACCUACUCAAGGAUCUUAUAAGAUGAGCUUUAUUUCACCCUGCACCUUAACCUGUAUGCUUUUGUGUAGUGAUUCCAAAGCUGAGAGUUCAACAUACUCACCUGCGCAUUUCUUAGAUUGGCAAUAGAUGGCAAUACUCAGAGAGCCCCAUUGAGAUGCCAGUACUGUCAUCCCUGCUGUCCAUGCCAGAAAUCUUGCUGAUUCAGAACAAUGAAACACCAGACUCGACUGAUGGAGCUCAGAAGUCACUUCUCAUCCUUUCAAAGAUGAACUUUAUAGCUAUUAGUAACUCUCGUAACACAUUGUAUGACUACAGGUAUAUCAUCCUCCGUCAACAUUGUAAAACAACACCGAGACCAUCCAGGUUCAAUACAAUGGCAUGAUGAUCCGGUGUUAUAUUAAUCUUAGCUGCGUUAAGCGGUUUAUUCCACAGAACAAGCUCCCCUCUCUCACUGUGUGGUCGAAUGAACUUAUUCAUGUCUGCCUGACAGUAAAAUCCACCACUGAUUUUUAUGCACUCUAUACCUAACUGUCUGAAACCUUUCACAAA